CGAGCAGCAGCAACAAAUACGAAUUGUUGAGCGGCACCAUGACUUUGUCGGCAAUUGCAUCGCUGCGGCCAUUGGCUCAUACCCAGUGUAUCCGCCAGGCGGCAACAGGUGCGCUGUCGCUGCAUCUGCGAUCGCGCACGGGAUCUAUGCACAUCGAGGCCAUUGUCCGAAUUCAUCCACAGCAAGCGAGAUACCAGUCGAAUUCCGUCGCCAAGCCCCCCGAAAAGAAGACACACGAUGCACCCAAGGUCACAUUUCGACAAUUUGCCGGUCGGGCCCUCGGUGCCGGCUUGCGCAACAUGGCGGUCGCCCUGAGCCCAAGCGGAAUCAAGCGAGCAUAUCAGGAGGCGCCGGCAGUCACAGCCAUGAGCGUCAUCAUGUUACUCUUGACGCUCGGCAUAUCGGUUGUGGCCGUCAAGUGGUACAUGCAGGCGUUCUACAAUCCGGAAUUCAGCAAGUUCCCCGAGCCCGUUGCCAACACGCUGCGACGAGCCAUUUACCACACAAAUAUCAAGCCAGAUCCCGAGCUUGCCCUGAAAUACUACAAAAAGGCCAUGCAGCAGUGUGCUGAGCUCGGGCUGGACCCCUUCUCGGACGAGGUGCUUGGUAUUCGUAUACAGGUGUCGUUUUGGCUGCAAAAGAUUGGCAGCCACCGUGCGGCGGUCGAUGUUCUCGAGUCCAUCCUCACCGACUGCAAGAAAUGGGUUAGCAUCAUGGAUCUUUCUGUAAAGGAGGGCAAAGUAACAGCAGAUGGACGAUACUCUGCGGACGAGCAGGCCAAGCUGACCAACGAAGCUGCCGCAUCUACCGCUGACCUGAACAACAAGCAAGCUACCGAGAAGACCACCACUGCCACCACAAAAGAUGAGCCAGAGCAAGAACCGGAGAACCUCUGGCGCAAGAGACAGCGCCUGCUGGCCAAGGCCGUUGGCACCAGUGUCAAGCUCGGCGAGCUCUACUCAAGCGAUCAUGUGCUUGAAGCGGAGAAGUCGGAGCCCCAUCUCGUCUGGGCCGUCGAGACGGCUCUAUCGGAGUUUAAACGACGCAAGACGGAUGGAAUUAGGCCUGGCGAGCAAGACUGGUUAUCUGCGGAAGAGCUGGGAGGCUCUAUGGAAUCACUUGGACGGGACUACGAGCGCAAGUCGCAAUUCCACCUGGCCAUUCCGCUCUUCUUCCAGGCCCUCCGGCUCUGUAAGGACCCUUGCCACCGGGUGGUGAUUAUGAACAACCUGGCAGCGUCAUUUGCGCAAUAUCCUGCGGACAACGACAGCAGUGCAGCCCGGCUGUCGGAGAGUUUGCAGCACUUGACAGAUUCGGCGAUGCCCCAAACCCGCAAGGAUUGUCUCGAGGCCGGCGAGAACUGGGCCAAGAACGCGCUGGCGCACUCCAAAGACGUCAAGGGUGAUGAACGAACCCCAGAGUGCGAUGCAGGCUGCGCGGUCGCCCUCUGCAACUGGGCCGACGUGGCAGCCAUGAUGGGGAAGCGGGCAGUAGCCAAGACAAAGUACCUGGAGUGCAUCGAGAUGAGUUCUAAAAUUGGAUUCGGCCAGGGUAUCGAGCAAGCCCGUGAGGGGCUGGCUCGGCUAGGUGAGGCGUAAGAGGAGUGAGUGAACAACCGCGACUCCCCGUCCAGAUGUACGAAUAGGUGAUGAUGAGCAUAGGCUUGGCUUGGCCUUGUGUUCCAAUUCGAAAGGAGAAGAUAGCCCCUUCUUCUUCCCGUGUAAUACCAACAAAAUACAUACCCCAUUUCCCACU